CUCCUUCACUUCCGCAGCGCAAAUUUCAAAGAGACGGAAGACUCCGAAGAGAUAGUUGUGUUGCAAAACACACACUGACACAGCGAAAAUGAAGCAUGGAAAAGAGGGACAGAAAAAGAAAUCAACAACACCAAAAAAUGUCAAAUCUGUUAUGUCCAAACAAAUGUCUUCUGCAACCAGCUCUGGACACCAUUCCAAUCAAAAGUUAGAUGAAAGAAAGAGUAAGGUGGCUUUUGCACUGAAUAACAAUGACCAAAUUAUUUCUCUGGAAGAUGGUGUUGAUAUGGAGGAUCAACUACCUGCUACACAGCCUGUUGAUGACAGAGUUUUAAAAGAUGUUGUGGCCUAUGUAGAAGUUCGAUCCACCAAUGACAAUAGAAGUAAAGCCAUCUGUCGAGAACUGGUGCAGCUUGGUGCAGUUGUUGCAAAGACUUUCACAGAUGAUGUGACUCACGUUGUUCUGAAAGAAGGCAGCAAGCGCACUAUCAACAAGGCCACAAAGAAAGGAGUCCACUUAGUCUCGGUCCUGUGGGUUGACAGUUGUAAGCAAAACCAGAACCAUGUGAAUGAGAGACAUUAUCCAGCCAUGCUUCCUGAUCGGAAAGGCACACCUCUUUAUAUUGCCAAGCUUAAAAAAGCCAAAUCAAUGCAGCCUCGUGACUUUGAGGAUGAUCUAGCAUCUAGUGCUGAGAGAUUUGCCAAAAAGAAGAAAAAGCUGGAAAUGGACCGUUUAAAGUCAACAGAAACCACCCCAUGUAAUUCUCCUCUGCUGGGGGCUGUCCUUGUGGAGGACACACAACCGAGAGGGUCACCCUUUCCGAGCAGUGAGACCCAUACUCCAAUCAGACUGGCCAUUCCCGACACGCCUCCAAGCAUGAGAGCCAAGAUGAAGGAGCUCAACAAACAAGACAACAACACAGAAGAUGGAAAUAUAUCAGAGAAUCAAUAUGAAAAACCAGAAUUUGAUGAACCUCUUCAGAGGAGACUAUUUACUGGUUUAGGAGGAAUGGACUGUCAGAGUCCAGAGACAGCCACCACAGAUAAGACCACUCCAGCCCAAAUUCCCAGUCCAGUAGGAACAUUGACCCCUAAAGAAACCAAGGUCAGGGUCAGCUGUAGGCGAAAAUCAGUUGCUUCUGUAUGCUUCAAAGACAACAUUGAAAACUUGCAGAAAAGAAAAGAUGAAGCAUCAAGAAAUUCCUUGCCUGAAAUUACUAACAAGGAAGAGAAAGUGAAAAAGAGAGCAACACAAAGAAGAAAAUCAAUGGCCGCUCUAUCCAAGACGCAGGCUGAAAGUGAGGAAGUGUUACAGAGGAGAGUGAGCACUAGGAGAAGGUCGGUAAUGAUAGCCCCGAUGGAGUCCAAAACGGAAACUAGAAAUCCUGAAAAGCAGUCCAAGAAAUCCCUGGAGAAGAUAGAGAUGUUUCUGGAAUCUGAUAGGAAUGCAAGUAAAGAUAAUGCUGCAUGUAUAGCAGACGAUACUGAAACCUUGUGUGAUAACAAUUCUGAAAGUGAGAAAUGUGGUGAAAAUUGUGAAAAUCCAUCUGAAACUGUAGAAGAUAAAUAUAACCAUGCUCCAGUUGAUGAAAGAAACAGUAAAAUGUUUACAAAAACCAAGAGUAGGAGGAGAUCAUCAAUGAUUGCUGCAAAACAUAUAGAGAAUUUGCUGGAUGAUGGCAAUUUGGACACAGAUGUUCAACCUGCCAAAAAUCAGAAUGCUUCUAAAAACAUGGAUGUGAAAAUACUGAAGCCUAAAAAGAGACUAUUGGCAGCUUAUGAUAUGGAACCUCAUUCAUUUCUAAUUGAACCAACAAUGUGUUCUGAAAAAGUCUUCAGUAAACUUCUAGACAAUACACCAGAUAGCACAUCCACACAGGUGACGAAAAAAGACAAAAAAUUGCAAGGCCGCAAAAGGAAGAACCACUCUGUAGACGAAUCACAGAACACCCCGAAAAAAUGUCGAAAAAGUAAUGAAAAGUCAGAAAGCUACUCAAAUUCCAAAGCUACCAGUAGUGCAAUUUCAGAAAAUGAAAGCUCACUUGUAACACAAAAUCUGAAUAAAGAACAAGAUGUGAGCAGAGAAGUGUCAGAAAAUGAGAGCACACUUGGUUCCUCAAUGUCCGUUGUUUUCAGUGAAUCCGCGUGCUCCAAUCUUUUCAAUAUGACUAGGCCAAGGCAGAGCAUCGAUGAAUUUAAUUUACGCACCAAGUUCAAUAGCAAGAAGGUGAGAAGAAAGAAGAAGGCUCUAUCAGAUUCGGCAUUCUCCUCACUGAAUACUGGGAGUGAUUCAAGUUCUACUGCGGAGGAGGACAAAAAAGUCAGGAAAAUGAAGCGGAAUCCAUCGUUUACAAAAACCAGUCCCCAACGACCUUCACUUGUGAUGACCAGUCUGCACUCGCAUGAACAAGAUGUUGUGAUAUCUGUGGUGAAGAAGUUGAAAGGUUUCACAAUAACAGAUCACGUGAAUGAUUCGACUACACAUGUGGUUUGCGGUGGCCCGCGUAGAACACUGAACAUUCUGCAUGGCAUCACUAGGGGAUGCUGGGUACUAAGGAAGGAAUGGGUCAUGGAGUCUCUGGAAGCCAAGAAGUGGUUACCUGAGGAAGGCUACGAGGUCACUGACUGGUUCCCGUCAGCUCAGGAAACUAGGUUUAGUCGACAAACAUCACAAGAGAAUGCGCCUCAGCUGUUGUUCUCCUCCAUGGGUGUUUUCUAUGUCACCCCAAAGGCUGUCCCACCCAGACAUCAUCUGAUGGAACUGAUUCAAAGAUGUGCUGGAAAGGUUACCAGUUCUUCAUCAAAAGCAGACAUAUAUGUGGGAUCUGAUUUUUUACCAGAAAAGACCAGUGUAAAUCCCCUUUGGAUAUUAGACUGUGUGACACAAAACCGUGUCAUGUCGAUGGAUUCCUACCUACUUGGUCGACCAAAAAGAGAAAGUAGUCCAGAAUAUUAGUCCUAGCAGUGCAAAACAAUACCUCAAGGAUAGAAAGUUUAUCCUGCUACCUAUACUUAAAAUCUUUCAUAAACAUUCAAUAUCCUCAUCAUUUUGAAUUAACAAUAAUGCAUGUAAUUGUAUUCAAGUUGUUUAUAUUGAUGAAUGCAAACAUUUAAUGAAUUCUUAAAUUCAGAUGAAUAAAAUGUCAGAAGCCUUUUACAGGUACAUGCAAAGUAAUACAUUACCAAUUAUUCAAAAGCAGCUGAGGAAGUAAAAUAGAUUUGGUCAUGCAAACUAAUCCUUUGUAGCUGAUGCUAUUAUUUUUUUCUUUAUGUAUUUUAUACCUAUAAAUUAUAAUUUAUGUGAUGGUAUUUUGUGGUCAUACUCAAAUGAGAUGAAUGUAAAAAUUGAUCAUGAAUUUGACAAUAAAUGUCUAUAAAAAAAUGAAAAAAAAGUCUAGUUUU